AUGGAACCCUACUCAGGCUCUCAAAAAUAUGCUCCAGGUACUGGAGCUUUGAGUGGAGAAUGGGUCAACUUUGUCUUAACGAACUUUCGCAAAGCUUUCUCUCCAGGUGGCGUUAAAGGAGAAACACUGAUCGAUAUUGCUGCCGGACCGACCAUCUAUCACCUGCUGUCGGCUUGUGAGGUGUUUAAGGAAAUAAUCACUUCUGAUUUUCUUGAGCAAAACCGUGCUGAGGUGCAGAAAUGGCUGAAGAAGGAGCCGGGGGCGCUAGACUGGACCGACAUUGUCAAACGUGUUUGUGAGUUAGAAGGAAACAGAGAGAACUGGGAGAAGAAGGAAGAGAAACUCCGCAGGACAGUGAAGCAAGUUCUAAAAUGUGAUGUCCUAAAAAAGAAGCCAUUUGAGCCGAUAACGCUGCCACCAGCAGAUUGUCUGACAAGCUGCCUCUGUUUAGAGGGGGCAUGUCCUGACGUGGCAGCCUACUGCAACGCCUUGAAAAGUUUCAAGGAUUUGCUCAAACCUGGCGGUCACAUCAUAAUUCAAAGUUGCUUAAAUGCUACAUUCUAUUUAGUGGGUAAAAAUAGAUUUUCAGCACUGGCAAUAUCAAAGGAGCAGGUAAAGGAGUCUUUUGAAGAAGCUGGUUUUGAAAUUGUGAAAAUGAUAGUAGUCCCACGAGAGGACAGAUCAAGGAUGGAUAUUGGUGAUUAUGACGGCCUUUACUGUGUCCAUGCCCGUAAACCAGAUACUAAAUGAACACACUACUUAACACAGUGUUCAUGCUGGUAUUAACCAUAAUAACCAAGAUAUAAUGUAUAUUGAAAAUGUUAACAUUUUACUGUAUAAUAAAAUAAACACACGUCUUUCAGUCAUAAUUCAUGAAUUAUGCACAGUAGUUGUCGUUCAAUACUAUUUAUUGCAUGCAUCAAUCAUUUUCAGCUAUGAGCAAUUAAUUACAGGAGCUAUGUUAGAAAGCACAUUGUAUUUUUUCUAGACAAGUAUAACCAGCUAUAGUAAAUAAAUAACAGACUAAA